CACCUUGUAACAUUACAAGGUCAUAAUCACUGCUGAUUCGUACAGUCUAUCCUCUUACCUCAAUGUUUCCUCGCAUGUCGAAGUCACCUACGAUGCCUACGAUGUUGAUCAAUCAAGACAGCAGGCUCUUGGGAUCUUAUUUCGGGGAAGUUUUUUCCGGCCUAUGGUCUGAUCCGCAAAACCAUGAGUUUGACAUCAACGAGGAAAGAGAGGGGAGAGCACCGGAUCUUGAGUUUUGGCAAAAGAUAGAUAAAGGGUGGUGGUUUGAUGGCGAAUUUGUGGUUACAACAGCACACCAGCAGCAGCACUGGGUCUCGGCGCACCACAGAUCCGCGCGACACAUCAAGGAGGGGCGAGAUGAGACUAGUGGUGCUGUGAUGUACCGGUAUAAAGAGUAUCGGUCGACAUGGGCGGCUGCUUUAGUCAAUCAGUUCGCGUCAGAGGGCAAGAUACGAUCUUUAUGGUUUGAAGAGUUCAUUGAUGAGCAAGACAGUUCCAUCACCCGCACUGAUUUAGUCAAAGCAUUCCUGUGCGCCACUCAAAUGUCACAUUUCCUCACUGGCCUCGUCAUGACGCUUCAUGAACGAUGAAGCUGGGGGACGCUUCCGCUGGAGAUGGAACGAGAGCUGAUCCUUCGAUACUAUGAAAUGAUAGCUUGCAAACAUAGAUGCUGUAUGCUAUACGCGAACUAGGCCCAAUGCUGGGCAUGAUCUCUCACUGGGAGAGGGGCCAUCACAAACCCCGCCGAUGGGUACCUGAUGCUACAUUCAAUUGGGGUGAGCCCCUCGAUCCCUGCACCGUCUUCUACCAAGAGUGCGAGCACAAAUUUACGAUGGCAAUUCCUUCAACCUUUAUCAGUGUGGCCAAGCUAGUGUUGAAACGUCACGAGGAAGGUAUAAAUAAGGUCUGGUGGGAUGCUUGGUGGAUAGUGAGGCCAGAUAUGAGAAGGUAUUUCCGAAUCAAUUUUGGAGUAAGGUACGAAUACCUGCCAGUCCAAGAAGAGGACAUCUAUUUGAGGAUGAAUUAUCCCGAUGGACGACAAGUGGUGGAAUCUGACACGGCGUAUCGUAAUUUUCCAAAUUUCGAGCCUUUAGAUCCUUGGUCAUGUCAGGAGGUUGCCAGCAACUUUUAUGCCCAAGCAUAUGACAGACAACCUGACUCCGUAAGAGCUGCAUCAUCUUCCCCUGCUUCAUCGUCGUCGGUGUCGAGUUUGAGAACUGUUAUCGGUGAUAGUUCAAUCGCGUCCACAAAAACCCUCAAAUACAACAAGGAAACGGAUGAGGGGGCAAGCAUCCCAACACCAGCCUUUGUCCCACGGAUCAUAACCGUGCACGGCUGGAGUCUCGUUCAUGCUAAUCCGGUCGAGGCCAAUCGUCACUGGGCUGUCAACACUUAUUUGCGGGAUCAUAUCCGUCCUUAUAUACCCGAAGCUCAAUUGGUGUGGUUCGAUUCUCAUCGAGCAGAGUCAGCAGGGUAGGCAAGAGCAACCAGAUAACCCUUCCCACAGUGUGCUUCUUUUUGUCAUUUUUCUUUCGCCAUUUGUCGGUGCAUGCCAAUAUAUCAAGUCGAUCGAAGAUGCAUACUGUCGCCCCUAAAGGUUAUACUUUCUAACCCACCUACCCCAAUAUUAUGUCCCUUGCAUGUACCCAUCAAAACGCGGUGGUAAUGAAUGAGGUGGAGCCUCAAGGGAGGGUGGGCUAUUAUGAAGGUGAUGAUGGGUCCCGAACGGGCUCCGAACGCUAGAGCUCGCCGCGCAUCACGCCUGUAUAUAACGACGCUGCAGACGAUACCAGAAGACGAUAGCCUCAUGCCACCUGACAUCUGUUCCAAAAUCGUUCCGAG